AUGACCAGUGGUGUUCCUGUGUUUCAGUACUGGAUCAACGAGUUCACCUCCAAUCUAGGAAUUGGAGUCUUUCACUCUGGGAUGGAGAUCUAUGGCAGAGAGUUUGCCUAUGGAGGACACCAAUAUCCAUUUUCAGGAAUAUUUGAGAUAACUCCAGGGGAUGCCACAGAACUCGGGGAGACAUUCAAAUUCAAAGAGGCCAUUGUCCUGGGCAGCACAGACUUCACUGAGGAGGAUGUGGAGCGCAUCAUGGAGGAGCUGGGGAAAGAGUACAAGGGGAACGCCUACCAUCUCAUACACAAGAACUGUAACCACUUCUCUUCAGCCCUGUCGGAGAUCCUGUGUGGCAGGGAGAUCCCUCGCUGGGUGAACCGGCUGGCCUACUUCAGCUCUUGUGUGCCCUUCCUGCAGAGCUGCCUGCCCAUGGAGUGGCUGACCACGGCUGCCCUGCAGUCCAGCAUCAGCCAGGAGCUCCAGGCAGAGCUGGAGGAGGCAGAGGAUGCCUCCGCCUCCAUAAACUCCAUGCCUUCCCUCGCCUCUCCUUCCCCCUCCGGGCCCAGGGUUCCCCGACAUCAUCCCCGCUGACAGGACUGGCAGACUUGGGGUGAAGGCUACUGCCUCGGAGUACUGUUGUGUUUUUACACAUAGUAAAACAACAUUCAGAUCAUGUUUUGUGGCAUUUCUUGAUUUUCAAGGCCUUUAUUUUCUAUACUCAGGACUCUGAAAAAUACUUUGAAUAUUGUUAUUUUUUCACUAAUAGCUUCUUUUUAUUUUUCUAACACUUUAGUCAUCACCGAGUGCAUUUGUAAUCCUCUCUUUAAAUAGAGCUUUUGUUUACAACAUGUUUGUGGGUGAGUGUUUUACAACCACCUGGGCCAAACCCUCUCCACACUUUUCUUACGACACACACAGCUGAUGUCUACACCCGUGGCAGCCGUGCCUGAAGAUUUUUACUGUACCUGCUCGUUGAGCUCUGCACUGUUUCUCUAUAGUUUACCUGUUUCUGUCUUUGUCAAGCAGCGGACUCCUUAACCUAGAAUAACUAACACAGUUUUAGAGUCUUCUGUGUAACUGACAAGAUUUGUA